CAUGGCCGGCAACCGCCGCUGCUCAUGGCGGCGAUUGGCCGCCGGCGGCCUGAUCUGCUUCCUGAUCCUCCAGCUCCACUCCUUCCUCCGCCAUGUCGGCGUCGAGUUCGAGAAAAUGAAGCAAAUUCUAGCUCUCCAUCCCCUCCCUCUCCGCCACCUCGAGCACGUCGAAGAGUUGAUUCUCCUCCCGCCCAACGACCUCCGAGUCGACCCUCGCGAAAUCGACCUCGUCCGCGAAUUCCUCGACGCAUCCUCCCGUGCUCGGACCAUUUUCUUCCCGGAAGGCGCCGUCGAUCCGAGAACAGAUGAUCGGAGAUACUUCCAUCCCGGGAAAGUGUGGCUCGACACCGACGGGAACCCUAUCCAUGCACACGGCGGAGGCGUUAUGUUCGACGAGAAAUCGGGGCUCUACUUUUGGUACGGAGAGUAUAAAAAUGGCUCGACUUAUCGUGCCGGCAAAACCGGGGUGACCCGGGUGGACAUCACCGGCGUGGGUUGCUACUCGUCGACAAAUUUACGGGAAUGGAAAUACGAAGGAAUUGCGUUGGCAUCGGAGGCGAACGACUCGUUCCACGAUUUGUACAAGACGAAGGUCUUGGAAAGGCCUAAAGUUGUGUACAAUGAAAGAAGCCAAAAAUACGUGAUGUGGAUGCAUGUCGACGACGAGUCCUAUAGCAAGGCUUCAGUCGGGGUCGCGACUAGCGAUUUUCCUAUGGGACCGUUCAAUUAUCUCCAUAGCUUUCGGCCUAAUGGGUUCGAAAGUCGGGACAUGACGGUUUUCAAGGAUGGAAACGGUGUUGCGUAUUUGAUUUAUUCGUCGAAUCGGAAUAAGGAGAUGCAUAUAAGCCCGAUGAGCCGGGAUUAUCUUCACGUCGCGAAUCGAACGAUCAAGGCCCUUGUUGGACAAUACAGGGAAGCUCCGGCCGUGUUCAAGCACGAGGACGUGUACUAUAUGGUGACAUCAGGAUGUAGCGGGUGGGCGCCGAAUGAGGCCAUGGUGCACGAAGCCGAGUCGAUUCUUGGGCCUUGGGAGAGCAUCGGAAAUCCUUGUGUCGGGGCAAAUAAAGCUUUUCGAGUGGCGACGUUCUUCUCACAAGGCACUUGUGUGAUCCCGAUGCCCGGUGGGGCUCCGGGAUCGUUUAUUUUCUUGGCGGAUCGAUGGAAACCCGACGAUCUCGGGGACUCGAGGUAUGUGUGGUUGCCCAUGGUUGUUAGGGGUAGAAAUGAGAGGUAUGUUGGAUUGCCAUUGUGGUCUAAAGUUUCCAUUUUUUGGCACAAAAAAUGGAUGAUUCCAUUAGGGAAAAGUGAUGGAGAAGAAGAAGGUUAAUGAAGCCAAAGGUUGCUAAUUUGGAGUUGAUAAUAUCACUAUCAAAUGCAGAGAUAGGGCUAAGGCCUACCAAAAAAAU